AUGGACGAGAAGAGCGUGGAGCACGUGGGCGUGACGCUGUACCCGGCAGACUAUGAGACCGUGGAGAUGGUGACGGACCAGGGCAAGGAGAUCAUUCAACAGGAGUUCACGGAUGCACAGCUGUUUGUGCACUCGAUUCAAGAGCUAGAACGUGCUCGGACGGAGAAAAAGACGCAGAAUAGGACAACAGAGAACGUAAAGAACAGUGUUGGUCGACGAGUGGAUUGUGUCAAGACAGAGGAUGAUGAUGACGCUAUGGAAACGACUCCUGAGACUGUUGAAGGGACAGUAAGGGAUACUGCUGACGACGGCGAAGAGGAGGUGAUUGAUCCGAGAAUUCAUUACCGUCCGAUGGUGACAGAGCUUCAAGCGGCAGUUGCCGAGCUGCACCAGCUGAUUAAUUCGAUCGAUCUGAUCCGUCGUCACGAAUUUCUUGAAGAGAUGCGUUGCAUUCGAGAAAACACGGCACCUAAAAGAGAGGAACUAGAGCAUCUCGUGGAGGCGAAAUGUGCUCAGGUGAAGGAAAGUGGCACAAUUUUGCUGGACGGAGUUGGAGCACUGUCUAGGACAGUGGAAAAAGAAAGUGUGUUUUUUCAGGGCGUUAUGCAGAUGCUGCGCAAGUGGAAAAUAUGUGCACCUAUUCAUGGCAACAUUCCAAAACCAUUUCGUGCAGGCGAACCACUUGCGGUGGACUGCAGCUACGGCAGCGCGGGCUCAUUUUUCGUGCCACAGACCAGGUCCAUUGCCGAUCUUGCUUACGCCGAGUUGAGUCGUACGGAAAAGGGACUUGUACGUGUCAAGACACCUGAAGAGUUUUUGGCUCGUACGCUCCAGCUUACGCUGGAAGCAAAAGACACUGAAAAGGAAGGGAGUUACAUUUUGCCAUCGCCUUCACUCAUCCACAUGACUAAAGCAGAUAUGGACAAGCUGGAAGAUACUCCUGAAGACCAAAAAAUCUUGGAAGAGCGCAAUGUUUCUGUUCUGAAGGCCGUGCAGUUCUCCGUGUUCUGCGAAGAACUGUUUUACACACUGAUGAGAGAAGCACUUCAGAAUACAUCGAUGUGGACAGAUACGGCGUACAAUAUUAGCAACUACGUUGUCAGGAAGCACGGAAGGGGAGAAAAGGAUGCUGCCGACACACAUAUAUCAGUUCUGCAAGUGCUAGAUGACGAGAUCGUCCUCCGCGUGAAUGAACGCUACCAUUUGACGAUCAAACUUGUAGACGUGAAGAGUUUGUCCCAAAGUAAUAACAUGCCUGUGGAGAAAGAGGACACAAGUGAGACAAUGGAAACUGCUGGCGAAGCACAGGAGCAGGACGUAGAACCUGCUACGGAUAUACGACUGAGCGACAUCAAAACUGAAGAUACUGUGCUGAUGAGCAGUAGUCCGGCCAAACCACGCCGUACUACAUCGUUUUCAUGCUCGGCUUCUGCUGACAGCGUCGAAGUUUUCUUGACACAAACCUGUCAGUAUACGCUCCUUCUCCUGCAGCAAGAAAUCCGUACUCGCCAGGGUCGGAAGGAAAUCUCGCGAGCUUUGUUGUACAGAAGCUCAGAUGCUUCGACAGCUACUGGAGGCGGGCUAAGCACUGGCAGCACAGGUAGUGCCGGUGGUAUGGGUAUCGCAAGUGAGAUGACCAAGCUCGAAAACACACCUGGAACGCUGGCAACAGUCUUGGCUAUUCUGGCCCAUAACCUGCUGAAAAGCGAAGUGACGCGGUACUUGGACAAGGUUUCGUCGGUUCUUGCUUUUCAGAAGUUGCAAACAUCAGCUUCAGGUCGUGUUCUGGAUGAUGGUUUGCUGCAGCCGAUUUGCGAUUCGGUGUGUGGUAUCUACGUGGGUCCACGUUGGAAAACAUGUGCGUUCGACUCGACGCUAUCAGCGUUUGAUUUGAACGUCGGUAAAAACUUUUCCACAGAGGUACUCAUUUCUGGUGCCCGCAUUCUCGUUCAGACUGGAAUCGCAUCUCAACGUGAAGUGUCAGGCGUAGAAGGGCUGCGCGAGUUUGUUGAGGCAACCGUGUGCUCUCAGGUGGCGCUAGCACUUCACCGCGAUGCGGUGUCGUUUGGUCUUAAACUGAGCUCACUGAAUUUGGACAGCACGAGCGUCCGCCUUGUUGUCACUGGCGAGUGGGAUGGUAGCUGUAUCGGCGAGGGCCGCGUAUCAGAUUCAAGAUCAGUGGGCUCAAUCUUUUUAGAGCCAUACUUUGCCGAUGAUGGCACCUUAGUCAUCGACUGUUUACUACAAGCUGUCGACGCAACCAAAUUGAUGCCUGUGCAAGCUGCACUUCGUCGGACUGCGCACGGGGAGGUAGUGCACAAGGUGGACUGGAAGCGGAUACCUGGCAUGAGCGACGCGAUUAAAAUGCUCUGGCUCAUGCAAAAGGCUGGCGUGCUAUCUGACAAAUUCAAGCCGUCUAUAAAGUCAGAGAUGAUGCCGCUAUCCAACGGCAGCUGA